CAUUGGUACGCGGAAUAAACAGAUAUUGGUACGAGGAGGCACCAAAUACAUAUGGGCCACACAAACCUCUUUCGGUAUGUGUGAGGGCUGUGAUACUGCCCGGGUGCCCGAACCGAAGCAGGUGGUUUUCUUAGACGGCCACUCCCCUAGCCUUCGACCUGAAGGUCUGAUCCACAAGGCAGUGGAGCAACGUAAGGAGAUGUAGUCCCAUGGUACCCGGUGACCAACAAUUGGUUCAUACGCCAUUUGUUCCCGCAGAAUACCGGAGCCCAUGUGCACCAUUGGUUUGGAAUCCGGUUAAAGCGCCAGACGUUCGCUUUUCGUCCUCUCAUAUUCGUAAAUAGCACCCCCGCCACAAGAAGACAGUGAGUAGGAAUUCCCUGGCAGAGGCUAUAUACGCUUUAUAUAAGCUUUAACCAAAUCUUGUUUCACUUAAAGUCACUUUGUUUGUAGUAAUUCUCCUUGAAAAUAUACGCGUAAAUUAUUGUAAUGUCAUUUGUGAAAGAUAUUUUGAGUUACGUUGUAUUUUUUCAUGCAGUAAAUAACUCGCUUAUUUAUCUUAAAGUUAAAUGGCUUACUUUCAGAUUCCUAAUGACUUCACUAAAAUACAAUGAAAGGGAAUAUGAAGCUUGUGAUUGGUUUUUAAAUAUACAAACACAAAGAUCUGUCUCUGAACUUCAAUCAGAUCUGUUCGUCUCAAAUAGCGGAUUCUUGGUUGAUAACAGAACACAACGUUUUAUAGAGCGUUACUUCAAUGCAUUUUAUUUAGUUGAUGUUGGUGGGGAGUUUGAAAAUGAUAUUUGUAUAUUAAGGCAUAGCAAUACUUUGUGUGUUGUUGGUCUUGCUUGUGGGCACCAUAUUUUUAAAAGGUGUAGCAAGAAUUCCUCUAGUGACUGUUCUUCUUCCGUAACUCACGAAAUUUUAGGAUUAGAUUAUCAGGUUUCCAAUGGAUUAAAUCGUUCGAAAAAAAAUGUCAAAGGCCGUCGUAAACAUGGAGGUCAUGUUUUGAAUAAAUCUACGGACAUAAUAGCUUAUGCUAUUUGUGAUCGUGAAAUAAACCAUCCUGUAGUUUGUGGCAUUCCAGGCAAUCUUUUGGAAGUUAAUAAUUCUCUAGACAUUACAAAAACCGAGUUUCAUCCUCCUAUCUCAGAAGAUCUAGGCUAUUUAAAUUCAAAAGUGAAGUUAACUCCUUUGAUAGGAAGCGAGAGUACUAUUAAUGUUGGUACCUACUUAUCCAUUAUAUUGCCAAAACCAAGACCAAGGAAGGAUCAAAGUGGGUGUAUAAUUGAUAAGUCCAUUGAUGAGUCGAUUUUACUGAUUGAUUCUCCCACUCAAAACUGUACAGCAUUAGUUGGUGAUGUUUCAGAAAAGCUUGAUGAUUUAACCCAAUCAGACUAUGUAGCACAGAUUGCUGAUUUUAUUUCACAGACAUCUCUUCCUAAAGAACAAAAGGUACUUAACUGGAAUGAAUAUUCAGCCCUUCGACAUUGUACAUAGAUUAUUCUGUGAUAUUAUUUUUUAUACUAUAUUUUUACAUUUAAAUAUAUAAAUGCUUAUCUA